GGGGUCCAGCUGCACCCCUGUCAAGGGUUCGGCGCCGGGCGACCAGCAUCACCACCGAGCAGUGGAUUUGCGAACAUCAGAGACAACGGGACGCAACAUCGAUCGGACGGUGUCUCGCGUUCGCCAGGCUCCAAGCUCCAAGCUCCACGUCGUUCACCAGCAAUCGCCGCUGAAGCCAUGACAUAAUCCCGCGCAUCGCACCCACCCAUGUCGGCGACUGGACACCCCCGAGACGUGCGCAUCAAUGGCAUCCUCCCCCCGAUCCCCGCGGAAGUCGACCGAGAGCUUCGAGCUGCUGUCGCCGGUGCUCCAGCAGAGCCAGUACCCGUUUCCGCAGCAUGACUGGACAAACCGCCCAAACUCGACCGGCGGGCGCUAUCAGCCACGUCGCGGUUCCACGGCCAGCUCCAUCCACUCGGUCGGCGGCACGCUGGACUCGGGCUUCAAGUCGAGCAUGGGCGCCGUGCGCGAGCAGAGCAACAAUGCCAUCUCGACGCUGCUCACGCCGCCCAUCAUGCGGACCGGCAUGCUGCCCUACACUGCCGCGCAGGCGCCGUCCGGCCACCGCCCGCCCUCGACGCGCGACAUUCCGCCCGUGACGCUGACGAACGUCCCCCACGUUGAGCCCUCCGCCUUCAACGCGUACCUGUCGCAGAUCGGCAACCUCUACGAUGCCUUCCAGCGCGCCAAAGCCGAAGCCGAAGCCCAGCAGCCGCGACCCGACGCGCCCAAGAAGGACGAGCGCUCCGAGAGCGUCGAGCGCGCGUCGACAACAAGCUCGCCCGCAAACACCCCCAGCGGGACCCCGAAGCCCAAGCGGCGCACAAGUGGCACCAAGCGCGGCAUACCCGCUGUCACGCCGCUCUCGACGAUACCCGCCGUGUAUUUUGAGGAGAACUUCCACCUCGAGAACCCCCGAACCUUCGACAUCGUCAGCGAGCGAUCUGAGGUUGUCAGGCCUGUGCGGACGACAAGCAAUGACAAUGUGAACAGUGUCAACGGGAUACCAGACACGCCGCAGCCGUCCGGGAGAAAGGCCCUGGCAACGAACGCGAUUCUGCAGGAGAAGCUGUCGUGGUACAUGGACACAGUCGAGGUGCACCUCAUAUCAGCAAUCUCUUCGGCUUCGACGUCGUUUUUCGCUGCCCUCGGCUCACUACGGGAGCUGCAGACAGAGGCUGAAGAGUCAGUCGCGAAGAUCAAGGAGCUGAGGGAAGAUCUGAAGAGACUAGACGAACAGAUGGCCAUCGGAGGAUUGGAGGUCGUGAACAUGAAGCGGCGGCGGGAGAACCUGAGAAGAUUGACUGACGCCGUGGACCAGCUGCAGGCAGUCAUCUACGGCGUGUCGCACUGUGAUGAGUCUGUGGAGAAGGGAGAGCUUGAAACAGCCGCAGCUCGUCUGGCAAUCAUCGAGCGACUCAUCACAGGAGUACUCGACACCUCGGACUCGAACGUUACCUCGUGGAUGAACACAAGAUUACCUCCAAUGAUUAUAGAUCUACGUGGCCUGCGAGCGCUGGACGGCGUCUUCGAGGGGAUGGAUGAGAUGAGGUUCCGCAUAGGAAAAGGAUUUGAAGCGCGCUUCCUUGAUACACUGCUCGCUGACCUUCGCGAUCACAUCAAGAGCGUGCCGAGUCAUGAUACAUUAGAACGAUGGGUUGCGGCAUUACAAAAGGCGCGAGGGCUUCCAGGGUCAGCCAAGCCGAAGUCGAUGCCCGCAUACCUAAGUACCAGCACAGAGUUUCGGUCCAGGUUACGGGCCAAUCUCCACGGACUAAACGACGCUCAAUUCACAAACCAAGCUGCAGCCAUGUUCAGAGAAGCCAUCGUCAAGGAAAUGAAAAUCAUCAUUCGCAAGUAUCUGCCAAGCUCGACAGACGAUGACGCUGAGUCGAUGACCUCCGUGUCUACAAGAGGAGGGCGAGGGCAUACUCAACAGGACAAGAAUUCGAUCCUGGCUCGUAAUCUGCGAGCCAUGGACCCGGCGGAUGCUGAAGAGUUCUUCACGAACAUCUUCACAGACAUUGGCGAGGCGUUGCGUCGACUUAGUACUCAAGUCAAGGUCCUCCUUGACGUUACAAGUGGCGUCUCUACGCCACCUGUAUCUGCAGGGGGCUUUCGAUCUCCGCCCCGAAGCCCUUACAUGGAUAACAUUGACAGUUACAUGGGGGCUGGGGCCAAUGGUCAGAAUGGACCUGGCUCUAGCGAUUUACAAAUGGAGCUUAUGCAAGCUCUGGACCUAUCUAGUCUGCUUGGCCAAGCUGUCGACGCUGCCCAGACACAGAUCACGAAGCUCCUGAGGGUGCGUUCGGCAUCAACUGCAGAACUACCGCUCGACAGGUUCCUGCGGUACUUCAAACUUUGCAGGCUGUUUGCCGAUGAGUGCGAGGCUAUUUCUGGCCGCUCGGGUUCUGCGCUCAAAGGUGCAGUGAACGACCACAUCAAUGCUUUUGUCCAAAAGUUCUCCGACUUUGAAAAACAAGAACUUGCAAAAGCUAUGGACUCAGACCGCUGGGAGCCCAAAGACUUCGAUGCCGCUGAUACUGAAGUGCUCGCCAGGAUACUCAAAAGUAUGGACAGUGACCCACCGAAUUGGGCAGAAACCGGUGAUAUCCUUACAUCUAUAUCUGAACCAACCAAAGGGGCAAAUGGUACGAACGGCUCGACGGACACUGCACCAAAAGAGAAAAACAAGAACACCAUCCCUGCUAUCAUCGACGAAGAAAGGUAUACCGUAUCACACUCUUCCACAUUCGUCCUACGCGGCAUAGAACGCCACCUCAUCCUGCUUUCCCAUAUACCCAGCAUGACGUCCGAGAUCUCAUCAAGCCUGUGCGAGUAUGUGAAGCUCUUCAACAGCCGGCUGUGCCAGCUGAUCCUCGGUGCGGGCGCAAUGGCCACUGCAGGCCUGAAAAACAUCAAUACCAAGCAUCUUGCCAUUGCUUCGCAAACACUAUCAUUCAUCAUUGCCAUCCUGCCUUAUAUCCGAGAAUGUGCACGCCGCCGUGUUAGUGCGCCUACCAGUGGUGGAAAGAGCGUGGGCACUGACUUUGAUAAUACGAAACGUUUGUUGCAAGACCAGCAGGCCAGUAUCCACGACAAGCUGACCGACAUACUUUCUGGUCGUGCAACAGUGCACAUGCGCGCUUUGAAAAAGGUCGAGUGGGACACUGAGCCAGAAGUCAAGCGCGACGUCUCUGCUGCCAUGGAAAGCCUGACAAAGGACACUGUCACCAUGCACAAAGUCAUCAACAAGUACCUCAACGAACUGCAGGUCCGGAUGAUCAUGGGCCCAGUGUUUGAAUCGUACCGCGAACAGGUCGGUAAGGUCAUCAAGGAGGCGGCGGUGAAGACGCCCGGCGGGAAGGCAAGAAUCGUCCGCGAAGCAAAGCUCUUCGAGGCAAAGCUCGGCCCCAUCGAUGGCGCCGGCAACGUGGGCAAGUUCCUCAUGCAGCUCGCAGAGGGCAAGCCUGUCGCGCAGCCCGCCACGGACCUUGCGCCGAAAAAGGACGAAGAGAAGGCCGAGCAGAACGAGGAUAAGAGCAAGGAAGAUGCUGCUGCUGCAUCGUAAGUGAGCUGUAAGGCGCUCUUAUCGGGACCACUGGGUUGAUAGUGGCGCAAAAUAAGCAUAUGUGUACGCUAUAUCUUGUAUGCAUCAGCACGGCGUUGGGCGACAU